AGGUAAAUUAUUUAAAGUAUGUAAGUAGAUGUACUUUCUUACCAUAUUUUAAUAGUUGCUAGACUCUGCUAAUAGUUAUGUUGUUUUGGGAACUAGCUAGCGUGAGAGCAGCUGUCGUCAGGUUAGCCAUAGACGGACGCUUUUUCGCAUAAUGGACGGCUAAGUACACCUAUGAGAGGCAGAACUGGGAGCGCAAUUGUGGGUGGUGGACUGCUUGGGUAGAUUGAUGGGAGAAAUUGACAACAGGUGUGAAGGACGGACGUAAUAAAAAGGGGAGAGAAACGCUGGUCAGGUGAGCUGGGGAGCCGUGUCUCAUUUCCUGGGUUCGCGCACUCUUAGCGGGGAGGGUGCGGCUCGCAGUUUUUUGUUGCUGCCGGCCAUGAAGACAGUCAGACAGCGGAGCUGUUCCAGCGCCAGGAGGGGAGGUCAAGUGAAGCUCACCAACAGGAUAGUGGGAAAGAGGAAGGUGUCCUCCAGGAAGAGGAAGAAAGUGGAGUACAGACCUACAGAAGGCGACCCCCGAAACACUCAGGCCCCAUUUCGUCUUCAAGACUUCAAAAUGUGGAAAUGGUGCACUGUCCUGCUCCUACUGGCAUUGCCCCCUAGCGUGAACAGCAAGGAGACUCCAACACCAACAACACUGCACAGAUCCUCACCAACUUCUUCAACCGCUUCCCUGGGACAGUGUGCAGUUUGCUUGGAUAAGGACUGCGCAACUGGUGUGAGAAGAAUCUACCCAACAGGCCGCGACACAGCAGUUUGGGCGAGGGCAAACUCCCCAACUGGAAUCCAAAACUGCUCCAUGGAGAAUCUAAAGGCAGAUGCUCCCUGUAAGAUGGCUAAUGGUAGCCUCGUCCAACUGGCUGACAACCCCCUUCAAUUUGAAGGGAUAGACACUCGCGUAUUCAACUCUCAGAUUUUGCCCUGCGCUGAUCUGAUCAAUUCCAAGCCCUCUCCCGUGACCAAAACUCCCAUCCACAACACGCCCACUCCUGCAGCUCCAAACAUUUCAGUGGCGGACAACAAAGACAGCGGCAGUGGCAGUGGCAGCCGCAUCGGCAUCGGCGGCGGCAUCGGCAUCUUCUUCGGCAUCGUCAUCGUCAUCGUCAUCCUCAUCGGAGUUUUGAUUUGGAAGCUUUACAACUGUCCAAGAGGGCUGUACAGAGGCCGUCGUCAAGGGAACAACGGGGUGCCUCCUCAUGACACUGAGCAUCGUGAUGAGAUCACCAUCCAGAUGCAGCCUCUUAAUGCAGAAGUUGCAAACGGAAACGUUAACGGGGUCCAUUGAGAGGAUGACAGCGUUGGGACUGCAGGGUUACUUGGACAUUGCGAUGAUUCUCCUGUGUGACCCGCUGACCCCUGGUGGUGGGAAAUGACACUGCAUCUUGCAGUACUGGACCUGAUUUCUGACAUUUUUCCACUCUG